UCAAAAAUGGCGCCUACAUGUUAUUUUACAUUUCCUCAAAUAAUUUAACACUCCCAAAGGGAUCGAAAGACAUAAGUACUUUCUGGCUAUUGUACAAAGUUUGAUACUUAGCACCUUCGAAAUAAUAGAUCAGCUCAGAAUCGCACCUUCUUUCGACUAAUACAUAUUUCGCACGAUUUUACGUUUACCAAACGACUGUUAGUUAUGAUAACAAGUUUUUCUGGCAAUCAUGUUCGCUGUGUGAGCUGUGUUGCUGCCGUAAGCUCAAAUAUGGGGAUUGGGAAAAACGGGAGAUUGCCCUGGCCCUCACUGAGGACAGACCUGAUGUUCUUGAAGAAAAUUACCACAGAGGUUAAUGAACAAGGUAAAUGGAAUGCUGUAUUAAUGGGAAGAAAAACUUGGGAAUCGCUUGAUGUGACCAACCAACCCUUACCCGGAAGACUGAACAUUGUUAUAAGUAAGACACUGAAGGAGCCUCCUCCUGGAGCACACCAUGUUUUUAACAGUGUCUGGUCUGCAGUUCAAAUGUUAUCUCUCCCUCCUCUUUUGGACACAGUGGAAGAAAUUUUUGUACUUGGUGGUAGUGAUGUGUACAAGGAAGCAAUUGAGUCUUCUUACUGUCAAAGAAUUUAUUUAACAGAGAUAGACAAAGAAUUUGAGUCAGAUGCAUUUUUCCCGGCCUUUGACAGAAGCAAGUACAGUCUUAUAAGUACACCCAGUGGAGUGCCUCAAGGCAUUAUUGAAGAAAACCAAAUCCAAUACAGAUUUUGUGUUUAUGAGAAACAAGUCCCUCAAGAUGUGUCCGAAACUUGCUAAUGUCUCGAUAAAGAGCCUGUUUGACUUGGACUGGGGUGCUGCUCGCGGAAUUAGUUAUCCAUCUUUUGGGGAUAACUAGAGAUGUUUGCCUAAUGUGAAACAAAGCCGAUGGAAACCGGUCAGCCGGGAGUUUUCUUUCUUCGUUUGACUUAACGUAUUUCGUUUCCGGUACCUCUCACAUUUCUUACUUCUGCGAAGGCACUUUGGCGCUUUGCAAAGACAGUAAUCUGUAGCUAUUAAAGAAAAUAUUUUUCUUCCGCCUUCAA